AUGGACCCUAGCCACGUACCCACCAACACUGAGGCCGAGCUUGAAUCUUUCCGCCAGAAAUGGAGGGAGGAAGUUACUGCCAGAGCUAAAGGCAAGGCACCCGUAGCUUCGGCGUCGACAAGUAAUACUGCAUCCGCUAGCAAACCUCAUACGGCCAAGGGUAAUGCGCGGGAUGCAGGACCUCACAGUCACGUUCGCCAGCGGAGCGUGAAAGAUGUAGAUGAGGUAGCACCCUACGUAUAUGACGACUUGGGCGAAAAGAAGCAUGGUCGGAGGUUGGAUGAAACUAGCGCUCAGGCUGUUGCCGCUUCUGCUGAGGGCAUACAGCCUGGUUCUGCUUUGGAACACUACGAAAAGGCUGUAGAGAAGGAGACUCAAGGAAGCUUGGGAGACAGCGUGAACUUGUAUAGAAAGGCCUUCAAGCUUGAUUCCGAAGUCCACGAAGUAUACAAAGCGAAGCACUUUCCGCCUUCGUAUUUCAAGAAAUUUCAAGGCGCGAAGCAAUCGACGCCUACCCCAGGAUCAACAUCAUCACGAGCAGCAGAACCAACGUCACUCCCCAAACCUCAAGACCCCAACCCCUCUAAUGCCUCCGUUACAGUGCCCAACACCGCCCACCACUCCCUAACCGGCCACUCCUCUGCCCUCCAAUCCCUCAUCGGCGAAUUUUCCUCCCUCUCAAUCCAAGGUGAACCGCCACCAACAGACCUUAGCCCUGCCCCACCGUGUCCUAUCUCCAAGAUCCCCGAGGAGAUUUUGGUAGAGGUUCUGGAGCAUCUUGCUGUUCAAGAUGUAGCAUCUUUCGUCCGUCUAGCCCAAGUUUGCAAGCGACUGGCUUAUCUUGUCGUCACCGAGGACCGGGUAUGGAAACGUCUCGCAUUAGGGCAUGAGUACGGGUUCGCGGCAAUGCACUACAGUUGGUCCUGUCAGGUUGACGGGAAACCACUUGGCGUUGAAGGACAGGGCGAGCAUAUGCUAGGCUCCAGUGACGAUAUGCCAUCCGACACCGACGAGUUCGAGCCUAGUCCACCGCCCCCAUCGCCUACGACACUUACACAAAUGCUCGUCCCAAAUUCAUACCCAACUUACCGCAACCUCUUCCGUCUCCGCCCCCGUAUCCGCUUCAACGGCUGCUACAUCAGCACUGUCAAUUACUCUCGCCCAGGCCAAUCGUCUCCCACAAGCGUGUCCUGGAACUCACCCAUCCACAUCGUAACAUACUACCGCUACUUGCGCUUCCUACGCGAUGGCACAUGCAUGUCACUACUCACGACUUCUGAACCCGCAGACGUAGUCCCCUACCUAUACAUGGAGCACAUGCACAAAUCCCACGGCGCCCUCCUUUCUGCGCCAAUGAAAGACGCUCUCCUCGGACGCUGGAGACUAACAGGACCUGCUGUGCCUCGUGACGAAGACGAAGGAGAGAAAGAGGGCACGCUUCUUGUCGAGACGGCGGGUGCAACACCAAAGUACAUGUACAAGAUGGCCCUUAGCUUUGGCAGUGCGGGCAGAGGGGCCAAGAAUAACAAGCUCGCUUGGCAGGGGUACUGGAGUUAUAAUCGGUUGACAGAUGAUUGGGGGGAGUUUGGGCUGAAGAACGAUCGGCCUUUUUACUGGAGUAGGGUUAAGAGCUACGGCAUGAGCUGGGAUGAAGGAGGGAUGAAGGAGAAGAAGUAG